AUGAUCUAGAUGUUGGUUGCAUUUUCUUUGAAUCCCAGGUGAGGCGACGCACCCAGGAUUAUGGCAACUUCCCCAGACUCCUCCAUGCUCCUUCUCCUAUGUGUCCUGGUUCUCUCUGACAUCAGCCCAGUGAGUGCUUUGGACACCAGUGCGAAGGCCAAAACCACCCCUGAGAACAACAACCAUUUUCAAAGCCCAGAGCUGUGGCAACCUCCGCCAUCCAUGGGGCACCACCGCAGGCACGGUGUGGCCAGGAAGGACAGGGCCCACGGUGCAGCAUCCAGAGGGCGGAUCUCAGGGGAGGAGGCCCUCAAGCUAGGGAGCAGGCCUCCAGGGGUGGAAGCCCUGGCAGCAGUCGAACGGCCUGCUGCCCUGAAGCAAAAGAAGGAUGUGUUUCUGGGCUUUGAGUUCCCCUAUUCCGAGAGGGAGAACCAGUCCCCUGGAUCCGACAGGGGGAAGAAACAGAGUCGGGAGCACCGUCGACACAGCCGCAGGGACAGGCUGAAACAGCACAGAGGCAAAGGCCCUGACCCCGGGCUGAGCUCUCUGUACAAGAAGCCGGAGCACUUUGAGGAGCAGUUUCCAAACCUCCCGGGGGAAGAUCCCAGCAGCCUGGUCCCCACUGAGCUCCUCUUCACCACGCCAGACACAGCCGCUUCCACUGAGGAGCCGUCUGCUCUUCGUGCCACAUCCCCUCGGCCCCAGGUCCGCAUCAGGCAGGAUGGGGAUGUGAUGCCCACCCUGGACAUGGCUCUGUUUGACUGGACAGAUUAUGAAGAUCUCAAGCCAGAAAUGUGGCUGUCUGCCAAGAAGAAAGAGAAACGCCGUAGUAAGAACCCCAACAGUGGGAAUGAAACCUCACCAGCUGAAGGAGAGCCGUGUGACCACCACCUUGAUUGCCUCCCAGGUUCGUGCUGUGACCUCCGUGAGCACCUCUGCAAACCGCACAAUCGAGGCCUUAACAACAAGUGUUACGAUGACUGCAUGUGCACUGAAGGACUACGCUGCUAUGCCAAAUUUCACCGGAAUCGGAGAGUGACCCGCAGGAAAGGGCGCUGUGUGGAGCCCGAGUCAGCCAAUGGCGAUCAGGGGUCAUUCAUUAAUGUGUAGGAACUGGGGCGAGUUAUUUAUAUCUAGCAAUGGGGAGGGGUGGGGAAACGUUGACCAAACGAUUGAAGCUGCAGGCUCUGGAUGUGCUGGCCCUCAAGGAGUCGGAUGCGAUUAGAGUAGUUGCUGUGCCAGGACCCCCGCUCAGGACUUCCCUUCCCUUCUCCCAUUCAGCCAUCCAGGAAAGAUGGGCUGAUGUAGCCCCUGACCACCAUGCUAGGAGCCACUGGAGUAGCAGGGCAGUCCUUUUAAACUUUAAUGCUUUUCUGAAGAGGGAAAGGGAAUGUAAGACUCCAUCCUUGUUGCUUCUUUAGGUAUAAUAGAAAGGGCUGGGCCAGGCAAGCAAAUGUUCUUGGACCCACCUGUUUGGAUGUUACGUGGGAAAUCAGGGAGGGCCUCUGGGGACAGUUGGAUGGAGGGCUCCUGCUCUCUGCAAGGCAGGGACUCCUGCUUUCCCUUUGGCUUCCUGAGAUCAUAGGGGGGUCUCUUCACCUCUCUGUGCCUCCAUUUCUCCUUCUGUAAAAUGGGAAGGUGGGGAAAAGGGGGGAGGCUUCAUCCCAUUCAUACUUGGGAGCCCCUUUGGAUACUGUAGUUGCUACAGAAGGGCAGGGCAUGAUCGAUUAGGGCUCUUGGCAAGGGGCAGGAGCUGACUUAUUCCAGCCUUCACAGGUAGAGGGAGCUCCCUUAUUGGACAGCCCUUUGGGCAGGCAGUCUGGUUCAGUGACCUCAGGCAAGUUGGUGAGGGGGCUCCUGGCAAGAGGGCUCAGCUGGUGCAUUUAUUCGAGGGGGGUUGGACAGUUUGUCUCUAGGCUCUGCAGCUUUGAGAUGCAGGGAGAUGAGACACUAACUGUCCUGCUAGCAGAAGCUGGCACCCGGCUCAGUGAGCCAGGGGCACUGCCAGGCUCUUCUCCCCAUUGCUGCUUAGGGACUGUGAGUUCCAAGGGUCUUCCCAUUCCCAGCCCUUCUGCCUUGGCUCCCAAAGGGCAGCCUGGCUAGGCAGGGCCAUAGGGAUACCUCCUGGCCUGCAGCUGUCACUCAUUUGGUGACCCUUUCUGAGUUGGUUCUUUUUAACGAUUUUGUUUAGGCGCUUUCUGGGGGAACUUGGGUUUCCUUGGAACCAAUGACUGAGGCAAGCAGUUGCCUGGUAGUAAAUCCUGUAACGUGUUGCAUGUGCAUUUCACUGAGCUGUAAAUAAAGAGAUAGAUAUCCUG